AUGCCCGCCGCCGGGACGUUCCGCGAGGCCGAGCAGACGGAGAAGGCGUACCAGAAGCAGGAUGCGGUCUUCAUCGGCCGCAAGCGCGCGCUCGCGAAGAAGAGCAAGAAGGGCAUGCGCUACGUGCGCAACGUGGGCCUCGGCUUCAAGACGCCCAAGCUCGCGCUCGAGGGCUCGUACGUCGACAAGAAGUGCCCCUUCACGGGCAACGUGUCGAUCCGCGGCCGCAUCCUCAAGGGCAUGGUCAUCUCCACGAAGAUGAAGCGCACGCUCGUCAUCCGCCGGGACUACCUCAACUGGUGCGGCAAGUACCGCCGCUUCGAGAAGCGCCACAAGAACAUGUCGGUGCACUGCAGCCCCUGCUUCGAGAACGUCAAGGAGGGCGACAUCGUCACCGUCGGCCAGUGCCGGCCCCUCACGAAGACGGUCCGCUUCAACGUCCUCACCCACGAGCCCGCCGUCAACCAGUCCCUCAACGUCAAGAAGGUCUUCCGCGUCUUCUAA